UUUCAUAUCUUCUUUAUUACCCCCCCCCCCCUCUUUUAUUACAUGGAAUUAUUAUCUGUAGAAUUGAUUGAUACCAUUGCAACCUAUCUUGGUACUCAAGACAAAGGUAGAUUAGGUCGAUUGAACCGGCGAUAUUAUCAAGUGACAAGACGACGACUUUUUCAAACUGUAACGAUUACUAGUCCAAGACAAUAUCAAAAUUUUAUACAAUAUUUACCAAUAUUUGAAGAAAAACAAUAUGUGGGAUAUGUCAGAAAACUUGAUUUAUCCAGUUACAGUGUACGUGGUUCGGGAUGGACGGAACAACAAGCCAAACAAAUAGUAGUAGCCACUGAAUUAGCUCAUUUGAUUACUGUAUGUCACUAUUUACAACAAUUAGUGAUUGGUGAUGAAUUGAUGCAUGUCUUUGUGGAACCUGGAGUAAUGCGUGCUAUCUUUACCACUGAUCAUCCUUUUUUACAAGUCAUUGAUUUUACUGGAUUUUGUGAUCAAAAAAUAACUCAAGUCAUGGCUGAUCUUUUUCAACAACAAGAAAAAGAAAAAGAAAAAAAAGAAAAAGGACAAGAAUUAACGUUAAUGAUCAAAAAGGAUGAUGAUGAAGAAGAAGAAGAUAUGAAGGUACAUCAAUGGAAAAUGCCACCUAAAUUGACACAACUAUCUUUUCAUCAUUGUAUGGCACUUUCACCUAAAUUAUUCUUUCAACCUUUUUUUGAACGAUUGGCUAUGAAUGGUAAUACGAUUACUCGACUGGAUUUGGCUUAUACACCUAUUACCAAUCAAAUAUUUACAUAUAUCAAUUCAUCUACGUUGACUCAUUUGAAUCUUCAAGGAUGCCGGGGGAUUUAUUGUUGUUAUCAAGACAAUAAUGAUAUGAUGGCUUUCUUAAGUGAAUGUAUUCAUUUGGUGGAAUUGAAUUUGAAUUUACAAUUCAAUGGAAUACCUAUGGGAAAUCAAUUUUGUCAUGGAUGUUUAAAAAGAUUUUUAAUGCAAGAUGUUAAAAAGAUGAAGAAUUUACGUGUAUUGGAUCUUGGUGGACAAGCUAAUUUAACGGAUGAUAUAUUAUUGAAUAUGUAUGAUGGAUUAACAAGACAAUUACAAUAUUUUUCCGUUGGUUAUAAUCGAUGUAUCAGUAUGGAAAUGAUAUUAAUAUUAUUAACAAGAAUGAAACAAUUGGAAUAUUUAAAUGUAACUCGAUGUAAUAAUAUAUCAAUCACUAAAUUAUUAUUAUAUCUUAAUCAUCAUCAUCAUAAUAUUCAAGUGAUUGAAAUAGAUAAUCAUCAUCAUCAUAAGAAUAUUAAUGAUUGGUAUUUUAUUCAACAUGGUAGAAGAGGUUAUUAUGCACGUAAAGGAAUUGAUCCUAGAUUUAAAUAUUCACAAAAAUUAUUAUUAUUAGAUGAACAACCUCAAUCACCUAUGAUGAAAUAUUGGAGUUUUUCUUAUUAAAAUAAUAAAAAUAUUGUAUCACCAAUUGAUUUGACUAUUGUCGGUGUUUCUUUUCUUUCUUUU